AAUACGAGUACUUCAUUACAUAACAUAUAGGUCAUUUAGAAGGCCUCGUGUAUUGAUCCCCUCUCGAACUUCAGACGGUCGGUGCCAGCGGUGUCAGCAGGCGGUGGAGAGUCCGGGAAGAUCAUUCGUCUCUUCCCUUUGCUACUUCGGCCAUGAUGUUGAGCGCAGUGUCGAGAGCUUCUGCUGGGCUUUUGCGGGGGGUUAAAUCCUCCAUCAGCACCAAAGUUCUACAAAAUGAAGCAACUAAAGUAUUCUCCGCCGUUUCAAGCAGUAGUAAUUCCCGUACAAGUUAUGCCACACAAGCACAGCCGAAAGCAGCAAAAGGAGGAAAUGGGAAGGUAGUAGCUGUUAUUGGUGCCGUCGUGGACGUGCAGUUUGAUGACAAUCUUCCACCAAUUCUCAAUGCUCUGGAAGUGGAGAACCGAAAACCCAGACUGGUGCUGGAAGUUGCCCAACAUUUGGGUGAAAAUACUGUCCGAACAAUUGCCAUGGAUGGUACUGAAGGUCUUGUCCGUGGACAGCAGGUAUUGGACACAGGUUUCCCUAUUAGGAUACCUGUUGGUGCUGAAACCUUGGGAAGGAUUAUUAAUGUAAUUGGUGAGCCUAUUGAUGAGAGGGGUCCAGUUAACACCACCAAGUUUGCUGCCAUCCAUGCAGAAGCCCCUGAAUUCGUUGAAAUGAGUGUAGAACAGGAAAUUUUGGUGACAGGAAUCAAAGUGGUAGAUUUACUUGCUCCCUAUGCCAAGGGUGGUAAAAUUGGUCUUUUUGGUGGAGCUGGUGUGGGCAAAACUGUACUCAUCAUGGAACUGAUUAACAAUGUAGCCAAGGCUCAUGGUGGUUAUUCAGUAUUUGCUGGAGUAGGUGAACGAACACGUGAAGGAAAUGACUUGUACCAUGAAAUGAUUGAGUCUGGUGUCAUUUCUCUGAAGGAUAAGUCCUCCAAGGUAGCGUUGGUGUAUGGUCAGAUGAACGAACCUCCUGGUGCUCGUGCCCGUGUGGCUUUAACUGGUUUGACUGUUGCUGAGUAUUUCAGAGAUCAGGAGGGUCAGGAUGUACUGCUCUUCAUUGAUAACAUCUUCAGGUUUACUCAAGCUGGUUCAGAGGUGUCUGCGUUGCUGGGACGUAUCCCCUCUGCUGUAGGUUAUCAGCCUACUUUGGCCACUGACAUGGGUUCUAUGCAGGAGCGGAUCACAACCACCAAGAAAGGAUCCAUUACAUCAGUACAGGCCAUUUAUGUGCCUGCUGAUGACUUGACUGAUCCUGCCCCUGCCACCACCUUUGCUCACUUGGAUGCCACUACUGUGUUGUCCCGAGCCAUUGCGGAAUUGGGUAUUUACCCUGCAGUAGAUCCUCUGGAUUCAACAUCUCGUAUUAUGGACCCCAACAUCAUUGGCCAGGAACAUUACAAUGUGGCCCGUGGUGUCCAGAAGAUUCUUCAGGAUUACAAGUCACUGCAAGAUAUUAUUGCUAUUUUGGGUAUGGAUGAAUUGUCUGAGGAAGAUAAGCUUACUGUGGCUCGUGCCCGUAAGAUCCAGAGGUUCUUGUCCCAGCCUUUCCAAGUUGCUGAGGUGUUUACUGGCCAUGCUGGCAAACUUGUCCCACUGGCAGAGACCAUUAAGGCAACUUUAGCAUCAGACAAAAUUGGUUUCCAGGAUAUCCUUAAGGGAGAGUAUGAUCACUUGCCUGAAGUAGCAUUCUACAUGGUUGGACCUAUUGAAGAGGUGGCUCAAAAGGCUGAGAGACUUGCAGCAGAAGCAUCAGCGUAGACAGUGAAUGCUCUGAGAUUUGCUGUGUAUGUUCGAGUUUCACUGAAAUGCUGGUUUAUGUUCAGCAUUAAUUCAACUUUUGUACCAAGACCAAAUUCCAGUUACGAAAGGAUAUGCUACAUCUGAUUGUCUUGUUGAUGAAUCAUCCCAAAAGACUAAGUCAAUACCAUGACAUGGAAUACUUGGUACAAUGAAUAUGGUACAAAGGCAGUGAACAUUGUGGAAUGAUAUGAAACCUGGAUUUGAGAGUAAUGAAAAUGGACUUUUACCUCCAUAACUUUCAAAGCUUCGAAAAUUCAUUUCAAGAUUUAACAAUUGAACUGUGUAAAAUAAUUAUUUGGUAGAUAAUAAUAAAAAUUGAAUCCUGUCAUGUGUUGUCAAUUGUUGCCACUUCCUGCUCUUAUUUGGAAGUUUCUCACUUGAGUGCUAUUACUUUUUAUUUCUCAAAAUACAACCCUUUAUGUGGGUGGGAGGGGGUGUAAAUGAGAACACAUUAGUAAUAUGAAAGUCAAAAAAAAUUUUGUAAAUUUUAAAAAACAAGAGUAGCGCAAUAUGGUGUUUUUCAUUGUAGAGUGCAUUCAGCACUAUACCUGCUAAAAGUUUAAAGGAACAAUUUAGAGCUUUCUUUAAAAGAUUUUUUUGUUUUUUAAAAUUGGAAAUAUUGCACGAAAACUAAUAAAAUUCUCAUAAAAAAUGUGCAUGACCUUGAAAGAACUAAUUAUGGACAACAAAUUUCAAUUGAAGGAAAAAUAUCUAU